AUGUCCUACGAAGCAGCUGUACGCAGGGAGGUCUACCUGUCAUGGAAGCCAGUUUUUACACUUGGAAGCAACUGGCAAUUAAGGAAGCCCAGCAAAAUUCAGGCCGUUGUCAGCAAAUACGCACCUUUGCAUUACUAUUUCUGGCACCCCAACAUUAUUAAAAUACUUGGGUCGUUGUUGGAGGACCAUGUGUUUUUAUCAGAUGAGGCAGCGCGACGUGUCUUUCCCGACAUUUUCGAUCAGGUCUCUCACGAGAAGCAAGACAGCUCAUUGGGCAACUCCAGGCUCCCUCCUCAGCCAGAAGCAUCAGUGGAAAUGAUGAAGGGGCUCACCAGCUUGGUGCAGGGACUGUACCGCAGCGGAGAGUAUUCAGACCUUCUCGUCCGCUGUGGUCAAGAUUCGUAUCCAGUCCACAAGGCCAUCGUAUGCCCUCAGUCUGCGUACUUCGCCACAGCUUGCAAAGGAUCUUUCAAGGAGGGGAGAACAGGGGAGAUAAGCCUUCUGGGCGAUGAUCCUCAGGCUGUCGGCAGGAUGAUGUUCUAUUUCUACCAUCGUGAUUAUACCUGGGAACCACCCCUUUCCGGCUCAGUCCCCGGAUCGACUAUCGGAGGAGUCUUCGAGGAUGACCAAGCCGAUCUGGAUGAGUCAUUUGACCACAAUUUGCAGGAUCAAAUGCACUCUGCUCUCAGUUUCCACACGGCCAUGUACGCGCUUGCUGACAAGUAUCUCGUGCCUGAACUCAAAGCUCUUGCAGUGACGAAGUUUAGGGUUGCUGCCAGAGGGAGUUGGAGUGCUCGCCACUUUCUGGACUCGACACAGAAAGUCUACACAUCUACCCCUGAGACGGAUCGCGGCAUGAGAGAUGUUGUAGUGGAAGUCUUCCAGGAACAUAUUGAACUACUGGACAUGGAGGAAGCACGUCAGGUCCUGAAAACGUUGCCCGCGCUGACUUAUGACGUGCUCAUCAGUGGUCACCGAAAUGGCUGGAGAUAA